CACACACACACACACACACACAGGCGGUGGAUAGAUAGGACUUACACGUUUCUCUUCUCUCACCAAAGACUGCUCAGUUUCACAGCAAGUAUCACAGAAGACGGUCAACCUCUGUAACCAACUGUCAGCAGCUUUGGAGAAGAAAUCAAAAGACGCAGCCAUGGGGAAAGGAUGCAUCGCAGUCACCAAAUACUUUCUAUUCCUCUUCAACCUCCUCUUCUUUAUCUUCGGAGCAUUGAUCAUGGGCUUUGGCCUGUGGGUCCUCUUUGAUAACCAGAGCUUCAUUGCUGUUCUACAUGAAUCAUCAGACACGGUCAAAGUGGCUUCCUACAUCCUCAUCGGGGUGGGCUCCUUGUCAAUGGCCAUGGGCUUCUUCGGUUGCAUAGGAGCCAUCUACGAAAUUCGCUGUCUGCUUGGUCUGUACUUCACCUGCCUCCUGCUCAUCCUCAUCGCCCAGGUUACUGCUGGAGUUCUCAUUUAUUUCCAAAGAGAUCGGUUGAAAUAUGAGAUGUCCAACAUCAUAAAGGGCAUGAUUGUCAACUACACUGGCCAGAACAGGACCACAGAGCACACCUGGGACUACAUUCAGAGGACGAUGAAGUGCUGUGGAUGGAAUGGUCCUGGCAACUGGACUGAAAACAUAAUAAUCAAGAACAGCACCCAGAACCUCUACUCAUGUUCCUGUCGCAAUGAGUCCCGGCCUGGCACGGACCUCAAAGACGUUGGCCUGUGUCUUCACAUGUCCGCAGACUUACCCAUCUAUGAAAUGGGUUGUAUAAGCAGUGUGGAGAAAUGGCUCCUGGACAACUGUGGAGUUAUUCUUGGAAUCUGUGUCGGUGUGGCAGUUGUGGAGCUCCUUGGAAUGAUCCUCUCCAUGUGUCUGUGCAAGAGUGUCGUCCAGGAGGAUUAUACCAAAGUACCGAAGUACUGAUCUGAAGACAGAACCAGCUUCACACCACACACCGGUUGAAGAACAGUUUUCUCCCCUCUCUCUCUGUGUCUCUGUCUCUCUCUCCUUUUGUCUCACAUUCUUAUGAACACACAUACAAAUUAACACAGCUGUCUCAACCAUUUGAGCUUCUCCUGUCUUGACAGCUGUGCAAAUUCCUCACGCCCCAUAUGUUCCCCCACACACACCUCUCAAUCAAGCUUGACACACUUGUUGGACUCCACGAGUCCACAAGUUACCAUUGUUGUCUUAUUGUGUUAUUUUUAAGGAGACAUUUAUGAUGUUACGGUAAUAUUUUUAUGUGGAAGUCUGAGAAUUUUUUUUUUUUUGCGGUUUGAUACUAUGCAAAAUGUUCAUUUAUGUGUUGUUUUGUUUUUCCUUGGCUGACCUCAAUGAAGCGCUUAACAUGGUAGUAGAGAGAGCACUUUAGUGACAUUUGGUGAGCAGAGAGCCGGAGCAUCUUGUGACUCUGGGGGACAGAGAUGAGAGGGAUACAGGGGUGUAUGGGUUGCUGCUUGGUAGGAUUAAUGCCACUAUGUGAUCCUGCAGCUGGUAUUUUUGGUGCAGAGGGUGGAGGAGAGAGGCCCAGGGGCAGAGCCAGGGCAGGGCUGCUGUGGUGGAGGUUUUUGGCUUCUUUCAUCAGCUCCUUGUACCCAGUAGCCCUGAUAUUAACCUCUGUUUACACCCACUGCCACCAGCGCCUCCUCCCUCCCACUAUCCAUAUGUUAGCAUCUCUAAAUGGACGCCUCCGUCCUCCUCUCGGGUGUGUCUGACUGGUAACCAGUAGCUUUCCAAAAUGACUAGUUUUGCAUGAAGUGUGUAUGAUGUGUUGAGUGAGUAUUUUAUUUCUUCACGUUCCUUUUUUUAAAAAUAUAUAUAUCUCAUCUCUGUCUUUUUUACAACUGUACAUAUGACUUCGGUAAGGGAUUAUGGCACUUUAGUGCUUGGUCAGCGUUUUAUAUGGGAAAGCUGUCACCCACUUGCUCUUGUUUUAAGAGUCCUAUUGUUCUUCGUUUCCCGUCUAUUGUUUAUGAUGUACAGAAUGUGGCUGCCACAGCAGCUAGUCAGCACUAUUUAGGUCUCAAUCAGAGAAAUUGGAACCCUUCAAAAUGAAUCUGUCAGCGCUCUCAAAGCUUUAUUUUCAUUUCUUUAGCACAGCGUGAGUUUGUGAACAGACGGCCGCUACGAAUAGUUCAACUCCUCACACCUGCCUUCAUGUUGAAAAAUCUCGCUCUUUACCAUCCCAGCACUAAGAUAUGAAAUGGCAGCUGUGCGACCACAAUGUAUUUUCCCUUCUCUGCAUAGUUGUUUGUUUUCCCAGAAGUAAUUUUGUCUGGUUUAUAUUAUCGGCAACAAGAGCAUAGAAGAAUGUUGGAAGCUAGUAGUGACUGCAUAUUUGUACAACCAGAAAGUGACUGUUCAUCAACUCGUGCUAUCUUUGCUAAAACUGUUUGGACAGAAAGUUUGUGCUGAGUGUCCUCAUCCCACUUAUCCAGCUUGUCAUUUCAGUCCUUCCAGCUCACUUCAAACACACUAUUCUACAUUAAUUUAUGGUUAAUUCAGUGGAUCAAUUGCACUUUUAUGUGGUCGGUAGUCCAGUCAUUUCAAAUGAUGUUCAUCAUGCUGCAAUUACACAAGAUGGAGGAAACUGGUCAUGAAACAAACAAACAAUGCUUAUGUCUGUCAGAAUUACACUCAGCCUCUUUUUUCUGACCUGCCAAAUCGAACGUUUAAUUUAACUUAAUAAGAUAUGAAGGCUUUUUACCGUGUUAAGAUAUUUGUACGCUUUUACAAAAAAAAAGAAAAAGCAAAAUAUUUGUGGACCUGUAUGCCAUGUUUGAUGACAAAUGAUUCAUUAUAUUAUUGAGAACUAUUAAUAAACCUGAACCCACUAGGA